AUGAUGCACCAUUCGCCCAGAAGGAGUCCCCGACUGAACGAGGGACAGAAUAUCGCACCGCAAGUAGAUGGCAGCGUUUUGGACCCGCAACCUAGUGUAGGGGCGUCGCAAGCCGGCGGCCGAGGCAGUGAAGCCCCGGCAUCAUCAGCGCAGCUGGCAGCAUCUGGAGCCACCAGGAAACCGAAGGUGGCCGACCUCAUGGAUAGGAUCGCCGAGUUGGAGAAGGAGUUGGAACGCGCUCGCAGCGCUAAUAUGGAACGCACUGACCCCGUUAUGUCGAGUGAGGUUGGGGUAGGUCAGCCGCCAUUUGCAAUCGGCCUGACCGUACCCAACGCGACAAGUGUUUAUCAUGCGGCGUCAGAGAGACCGCCAUCCUGGAGCGGAUCUCAAACGGUACCGUGUACCACGAGGAUUAAUCAAGCAUCGCCAUUUUGCGCUACCGGCACUACUGUUCCAGCGCAUGGUUUCGGGCUACAGAAUGAAGUGGCCGGUGGAACAUCGGUACGUGCGCCUUCUCCUGGAGACGGUGCUUGGGCGACGAGCAUUGGAGGAACUGCACGCUGGACGCCACGAAAGCUUCCUGAACAGCCUACGUUCGGAGGGAAGCCAGAGGACUGGCCCAUUUUCUACUGCGCGUUUACGGAGACGACGCAAGCGUAUGGUUGUACGGACUUGGAGAACAACCAAAGGCUACUGAAGGCGCUAAAGGACGACGCGCGUGAGACGGUGAAGUCAUUGUUGAUUCACCCCAGCAAUGCGAAUGCAGCGGUGGAGCAGCUGCGAUUCAGAUACGGUCGACCGGAGCAACUAAUACGCAGCCAGCUCAACAGCAUUCGAGAUGUGCCUGCAAUUACGGAGCACAACCUGGGAAAGCUCGUCGCAUUCGCCACCCAUGUCAGCAACCUCAAGGCUUUCCUACAAUCAGCAAAGGCGGAGCAGCACCUGGGUAACCCUAUGCUGAUGGAAGAGCUUGUGGCCAAGCUCCCAAUAAGCAAACGAGUGGACUGGGCAAGGCACGCUGCAACUAUUCAGCCCUAUCCGACGAUUGUGGACUUCAGUUCGUGGUUGAUGGAACUAGCCAACGUGGUCUGCGUGGUGGCGAACAUUGAUGGAAGGGAGCCAAAGCGUCGAUUGCUUCAUGCCAGCGUCGACCGAGAGCAGGACGAGCAACAGGAGAGCUGCCACAGGAAUUGUCCAAUUUGUGAAGGCCUUGGACAACAUGCAGUUCGGGACUGCCAACGAUUUAUUGGAGCCACACCUACAGAGAGGUGGAGACUCGCAAGAAGACAUCGCCUAUGCUUCAUGUGCUUGCAAAGCGGGCAUAUGACUGGAUCCUACGCUGCGUCAGAAGAGUGCCCCGUGAAUGGAUGCAGGAGGAAGCAUCACCGUCUUCUUCAUGAGGAAAACAAUGAAGGCUUCAGGAGACCGCCACAGCGAGGCGGCAAUUGGAGAGGCUACAACCGGCAGGCAGCCGGACCGAGGGAAGGCGUCCAAGUGAAUGAAGGAGCAGCCUCAUCCGUGGAUGCCUCUGCGACACCGGAGAGAAAUUUGAGCUGUGUCGACGAGGACCGAGAACGACUUCUGUUCCGUGUAUUGCCGGUGACGCUAUACGGAGGUGGGAAGCAGGUGGACACGUACGCUCUUCUGGAUGAAGGUUCUUCGGUGACGAUGGUCGACAACGAGCUGGUUGCAGAGCUAGGCGUACAAGGAAUCAGUGGAGCAGGCAAGUCCUCCCGACAUGUGCUGAGGAACGUCUAUGCCAUUUCGAACUUGAGUCUGCCGAUGCAGAGCCUGCACAGAAGGGAUGUUAGGAGCGUGAACAAGGACGCUCAAUUACCAAUGAAGCCCUACGUAAAUGCAGUGCCGAAGCUGCUUAUUGGUUUGGACCAUGGGCAUCUAGGACUGCCGUUGAAAACGAGACGGUUUGCCAGCGAGGGACCGUACGCGGCCGCAACCGAAUUAGGAUGGGUUGUUUUUGGGCCUGUAGAAGGACGACGAGACACGCCAUCACCGAGGUCUUGUCUGCUAGCCACGUCGUUGGAUGAUAACGUGGAACGGAUCGUCGAGGACUACUUCGAGAUCGAGAACUUCGGUGUGAAGGCGGCGCCAGCGGCCGCAGCCAGCGACGACGUGAGGGCUCAGAAGAUCUUGGAGGAUACUACGGUGCGAGUUGGCCGCCGAUACCAGACAGGAUUAUUGUGGAAGACGGAUAACGUUGUGCUGCCACGUAGUUAUGAUAUGGCGUACAAUAGAUUGGUCAACAUCGAGAAGAAAAUAAAGCGAGAUGGGCAGUUCGCCCAAGAGUAUUCACGGAUUGUCAAUGAUUAUGUCGACAAGGGAUACGCUCGGCGUCUGGAACGGCAGGAGAUCGGUUCGGAAAGCGAUAGAACAUGGUACUUGCCGCAUUUUGGAGUGGAGAAUCCCAACAAGCCAGGGAAGAUCCGAUUAGUAUUCGACGCAGCGGCACGAGUUGGAGGAGUAUCGCUGAAUUCUGCGCUGAGCAAGGGGCCGCAACACUAUAAGGCCUUGGCAUCUAUCCUCUUCCAUUUUAGGGAAGGUGCCGUCGGAGUCUGCAGCGACAUUAAGGAAAUGUUUCACCAGGUGCUGAUCCGACCCGAGGAUAGAUGUGCGCAACGAUUUCUGUGGAGAGAUGGGAAUGACCAACGGGACCCCGACGUCUACGAGAUGUGCGUGAUGACCUUUGGAGCAGCAUGCUCACCGAGUGCGGCGCACCAUGGGAAGCCAGUGAAUGCCAAGCGAUUCCUGGAUUCGGAUCCCAGAGCAGUCAAGGCCAUCGUGGACUACCACUACGUGGAUGACUAUGUGGACAGCUUCGCCACAGAGAGCGAAGCGAUCGAAGUAUCUAGCAGAGUGAAGAAGAUACAUGCAGAAGGCGGUUUUGAGCUUUGCAAGUUCUCGUCCAGUUCGCCUACAGUGGAGAGGAUGCUUGGACCCAGUGAUCACGCCCAGAGUAUUGGAUGGGGUGAGGCCGAGCAAAAGAUUUUGGGAAUGCGGUGGCAGCCAGCCACGGACGACUUCAGGUUUCGCGUGAAGUACCACAAAGUCGCCCCCGUCAUGUCCGAUGGGAAGAGAAUUGCCACAAAAAGGGAAUUCUUGAGUAUGGUCAUGUCAACGUUCGACCCCUUGGGAUUCCUGUGUUGUCUAAUGAUAACAGCGAAGUUGUUGCUGCGAGAGGUCUGGAGGAGGAAGAUCUCAUGGGAUGAACCACUACCGGCUGAGAUGUACAACGCCUUUAUGGACUGGCGUAAAGAGAUGGAGAAAGUGGAACGUUUUCGGAGCCCACGUCACUACUUUGGAUCCGGACUGGUGAAGACUAUCGAGAUGCACGUAUUUGUGGAUGCGAGUCAGUCGGCAUUCGCAUCAGUGGUCUACUGGAGGAUCACGUAUGAGGACGGCGACGUGCAAGUGAGGUUCGUGUGCGCAAAGACGAAGUGUGCACCGAUGCGAACGAUGACGAUUCCACGGUUGGAGCUGCAGGCAGCAGUUCUAGGAACGAGGUUGAUGGACACAGUCAGACAGGACCAUAGUGUGGCCAUUGCAGAGACUGUGCUAUGGACGGAUUCGAAGACAGUGCUGCGUUGGAUUGGCAGCACACACCGGCGCUACAAGCAGUUCGUAGGGAACAGAGUAGCCGAGAUUCUGGAGUCGACGAAUGUGGCCCAAUGGAGAUGGCUACCAUCCGCCGACAACGUGGCAGAUGAUGCAACGCGAGCGCAACGCAGCGUGGACCUAAGCGAGGAGUCACGCUGGUUAAGAGGACCGGAAUUCCUGAGGAGACCAGCGGGCAGCUGGCCAGGAACUGCACCCACCGACGAAGCGGAUGCAGAAGACGAAGAGGAGAUGCCGGGUGAGUUCGUGCUUGUUGGCGCGAGUGACCCGUUUAUAUCGCUGGAGAGAUUCUCAAGCUACAGGCGAUUGCUGAGGACUACGGCCUGGGUCCUAAGGUUCAUACGUCGAUGCCGUGGACAACGAGACGAGCUGGAGAACUACGGCCUCAAUGUAGCUGAGUGUGAUGCAGCUGAGGACUUGUUAUUCCGUAGAGCACAACGUGAGGCGUUCCCCGAUGAGGUGCAGGCCGCAGAGAAGGGCUUGGACGUCGCUAAAGGAAGCGACAUAUGUGGACUGGCGCCAUACCUAGAUGGCAAUGGAAUCCUGCGAGCGUAUGGCAGGAUCGAUGCGGCGCUAUGUAUACCUUACAGCGCCAGGAGGCCAGUGAUCCUCUCCCACCGGCAUGGUCUCACGGAGAUGAUUGUGCGCGGCGCCCAUGUGAGGAUGAAGCAUCAAAACGUGGAUGCUACGAUGGCGGAGAUCCGGACCAGGUUCUGGAUUACGAGACUGCGGAGAGUGCUUCGUAAUGUGAUCUCGGGAUGCAGCGAGUGUAAGCUGCACAGAGCACGGCCGAUGCCGCCGAUUAUGGGACCCCUGCCAGAUUAUCGUUUGGACGCCUAUGGCUGGCCGUUUAAGAGCACAGGCCUCGACUACUUUGGGCCGCUGCUAGUGACCGUUGCUCGGCACCAGGAGAAACGGUGGGUGGCCUUGUUUACCUGCCUGACGACCAGGGCGAUUCAUCUGGAACUGGCACAUGACCUGUCGACUGAUUCCUGCAUACUUGCAAUCAGGAAUUUCAUCUGCCGUCGAGGGCCUGUACAUAGACUGUCCAGCGACAAUGGCAGGAACUUCGUUGGAGCAGACAGAGAGGCCAAGAGAUUUGCGGAGAUCUUCGAACCCGAGAGGAUCCAGUCGGAGCUGUCAAGCAAAGGGAUUGAAUGGACCUUCAACUGCCCAGCGAACCCGUCAGAGAGCCACACAGUGAAGGAAGUGGCGCCGAAGGAGCACGUCCUGGAGAGUUUCCUGAUAGAGGCGGAGAAUGUCUGCGGACCAGGAAGCCCCUCUCACACCCAAUGA